AUGUCACACGAGAACCUAUAUGUCCGAAAAUGCGCUAAGUCAUUACUCUUCGCAAAGGGCUUCGAAGAUAAGUGGAACUUCCCAAAUUGCAUAGGCGCCCUCGAUGGAAAGCAUAUUAUGAUUCAGUCUCCACAACACUCUGGGUCAGAGUUUUUUAACUACAAGAAACACUACUCAAUAGUUUUAAUGGCAUUGUGCGAUGCCGAUUAUGCAUUCUUGAUGUGUGACGUAGGAGCGGCAGGAAGGCAGAGUGAUGGUGGAAUAUUUAAGAACUCUGAGUUCGGAAAAAAGUUUUACUCCAACUCCAUACAGAUUCCGCCGCCCCGAGAUGUUACGGACAAUUUUCAAUGUGUUCCCUACGUCAUUGUAGCCGACGAUGCCUUCACAUUAACAGAAAACAUGUUGAAGCCAUACAGCAAGAGGAACCUUACUGUGGAAGAAAGAAUUUUCAACUAUCGUCUGAGCAGAGCCAGAAGAGUAAUCGAAAACUCUUUCGGAAUUCUUGUUGCGAAAUGGAGGAUUUUCCGUACGUCGAUUAAUGCUGACUUGAGUCUUAUUGAACAAAUUGUUCAAUGUUGCGUCUGCCUACAUAACUGGCUACGGCACCACAAGGGGAACCAGUAUAUCGAACCUGGUUUAAUCGAUCUGGAUAUUGAAGGCAGAGAAACAAGAGGAAGUUGGAGAUUAGAGCCUACUAAUAUGGAACGUCUUCGCCCACUUACAGGGAACUCAGCAACAGCAGCAAAGCUACUACGAAACAGGUUCGCUAAGUAUUUUGCUGGAAAAGGUGCUGUCAGCUGGCAAUGUGAAAGGAUAUAAACGCUAGCGGUU